AUGGCAAAGAUCAAGUCCAAUAUCAUGCUUAUAAAUCGACACUAUAUCAAGCUACUAGCAACAUUCGCCAUAUCCAGUCUUUUUGUUCUUAUUUAUAUAACAGUACAGUCGAUACAAAACACACCAAUACCACAAAACACCCUACUCAAACUUCAACACGAUUUAGAAACCACCAUCAGUACAAAGAACCAACUCAUAUCUGACUUGACUAUUGUUAAAUGUCGGAGUUUCAAGUUUUGUCAAAUACCGCCUGGUUAUGUAACGAUUAAUCCAUCAAUGACGUUCUACAAAUAUGCAUCUGCUGCGAGUGCCACCACCUCACAACUGAAGAAGAAGUUGUAUGAAUAUGAGUACUAUCUUGCUGUGAAGUUGUCGACAUUGGAUGAGACGACUAGGAUCGUAUCGGGAUUAUCAUUGGAUAAGGAAGAUGGGUACGAACUUAUCAAAGUCAACGGUAAAGAAGACCACCGAUUCAUUAAACUAUACAAGAAGUUUGUGAUCAAUAAUACGGAGCAACCAUUACUGAGGGACACACCACUUCUACGAUCAAUUGAUGUCCUAUUUGGCAGUAACGACUUGAUAGAUUCAAGAAAGUUUCAUCGUACAUUGCAUUUAUCCAAUGAAGAGGCAGUCCACCCCAUCUUAUCAAUAUCAAUGAUGAGUAUCCAGGAGCAAGAAGAGUAUCAACAACAACUCGCGCAGGAUGCUAAAACUGUAAUCAAACAGGAUCAAAUUUUGCGAAUUAGUCAAGACAAGUACAAGGUGAUGCAGCUUUCUGAUUUACAUUUCGGUCAAGAUUUGGGCAGAUGUAGUACAGGUACUACUGAUGUCAAGUGCAGUUCUGAUUUGAAAACGUUGAAAUUUAUUGAAACUACUAUACAGCAAGAACAUCCUGAUUUAAUUGUCAUUACUGGCGAUUUAAUUGAUGUUGAAAGAUCAUUGGACUAUAAAUCCAUCUUGUUGAAAAGCUUGCAACCGAUUUUAGCAUCAAAUACUAAAUUCAUAUAUACAUUUGGUGAUGAAGUGCUGAAUAAAGAAGAUAAAUCCACCAUUGUUGAAUUUUUAUCAUCGUUGCCCAGUUGUCUCAAUACAUUUGUACCCUUUGCUGAUUCAAACUUGCAUGGAGUCACCAAUGAUAAUCUUCAGAUAUGUAAUACACUAGUGAAGGGCAAAGGAGGUAAACGAGCUAAAGAUGAAGAAACGAUUGAGGAGCAAACAGUGUCGAUAACUAUUCUUGAUUCCCAAGAUCACCUAAUCGACGACACUCAAAUCAACUACUUGUACCGCAUCAACAAUGAAUUCACAUCAAGUGACUACAAACUACUCUUUUUCCACUACCCCAUCCCCCAAUACCGUCCUGCUGGAACCUUUAAAAUCGUGGGCUCGUAUAAUGAAAAGCAUCCUCUUGAUACCAAGACUAAUAUCAAGUUCCAUGACGAUAUAAUAAACUGUCGGUAUAAUGUAUUGUCAGUGGGACACGAACAUGAAAAUGAUGCUUGUAUUCUUUCGGAAUUGUCAAAACAACCGCUAGACAAAGGUGGAGCUAAAACAGAAGACACUACUACCCCUUUGCCAUCGAUUUGGUUGUGUUAUAAUUCAAUCACGGGUGAUUCGGGUAUAACAGCAAUCAAUGAACAAUAUGUACGUAAAAUUCGAUUAUUUGAGGUUGAUUUUGAGAAGAAGAGGAUAUUGAGUUGGAAGAGGAAGGAAAAUGAUAAGGACGUUUUGGAACCACAGUUGAUAUAUCAAAAGGAGGACAAGUAG